AAAUGUGCGCGAGUUUUACUUGUUGAUCCAUUAGUUUCUUAUAGAUUUGAGUUCAAAAGUUAUGAAUUAUUUCCAAAAAUGCACAAAUUAUGCCACAUUCGACGGUACUGCUGUGCACCGGAAAUUUUCCCGCACAGCACAGUUCGUCGUUUGAAAGUGCCGAUUGAUAAGACAUGCAAGGAACAAGUACCUGAAAGCUGUCCCGCGCCACCACCCGACGGAGUCCGGCUAAACGAAAUGAACAUUCAACUGUUGUCCAAAGGUCUGUAUGACCAAAUUUUCAAAAACGCCAAUCCCGCUGAAUCACGACUAGCUACCGAUCAAGUUAACCUGUUAAGAAAAGAACUCACACGGCACGGAAUUCCUCUGUCAAAUCCUGACAUACUACCGGAAGUAUCCUUCAAACUGCCGCAGCUGAAAGGCGCAAACAUUGAGGAACACUUCCACCGAAUCGCCCAAGAACAGAGUCAACCCUAUCGAGACCUGUUACAAGCGUUGGUAAGCGCGGUCAUUCCUCCCCUUCCACAGCAAUGGCUGGAAACACCCGGCUGGACCUGCUAUGACCCAGCAAGUGGACCAAAGCCUGUUCCCUACCCGGACGAACACGCCUACGUGUUUGACGUGGAAGUUUGCGUUACUGCAGGAUCGGCACCGGUAAUGGCCACUGCCUUAAGUCCUACCCGUUGGUAUUCCUGGACUAGUCCUAAUCUAGUUAACAAUAUCCCUUUUGGCGGAGGUCACCGCUAUCAGUUGAAUGAAUUGAUUCCUAUGGAAUCGUGUCGCAAGGACAAAGUAUCGGAUGAAAAAUUUCGACAGUGUAAGGUUGUAGUCGGUCACAAUGUGAGUUAUGAUCGGGCCCGUAUCCGGGAACAGUACUGGUUGGAAAAUACGGGACUGCGAUUCGUGGAUACCAUGUCGCUGCACGUGUGUGUCAGCGGAGUGACAAGUUAUCAGCGGGCUAUGCUGAAAUCCAGUAAGGAGCUACCCUUGGAAGAUCUCGGUUGGAGCAGUCAAAGCUCGUUGAACAAUUUAGCGGAUGUGUAUCAGCUUUACUGUGGCGGGAAGUUGGACAAGGAAAAGCGAAACACUUUCCUGCUUGGAUCGUUGGUUGAUGUUCGGGAGGAUUUUCAAAGCUUGAUGAACUACUGCGCUGGGGAUGUGAUGGCAACGAAGCAGGUUCUGGAGCAGAUUUUGCCACUUUUUAACGAACGGUUUCCCCAUCCGGCAACAUUAGCUGGAAUGUUGGAAAUUGGGAGCGCCUAUCUGCCGGUGAAUAGUAACUGGUCCCGGUACAUUCAGGAAUCGGAUUUGACGUACGAAGAUUUGGACAUUGAAGCGAAACAUUUGCUGGCUCAGAGAGCGGAUGCGGCUUGUCGGUUGAUGCAUGAUCAUCAGUACCGGCGGGAUCUGUGGCUGUGGGAUCAGGAUUGGAGUGUGCAGGAACUGAAACUGAAGGCGGCUAAACGAGUGUCGAAGAAGAAGAUGGUUGAGACUGUGGUUGAAGGUGAUGUAGCUGAACAGAAGGUGGCUGUUGCAGGUGAGGAUGAAGAUGAUCCGUUGGCGGCUAAGUUCGAGCAUCUUUACAAAGCUAAGGAGUUGCUGCCGGUAAGGCGGCCCUUACUGCCGGGGUAUCCUGCUUGGUAUAGGAAUCUGUGCUCGAAACCAACCGCUGAUGAUUGGUCACCGGGUCCAACCAACAUCGGAACGGGGAUGCAGAUUGCGCCGAAAUUACUUCGUCUGUGCUGGGAAGGUUAUCCGCUGCAUUUCAUUCGUGGUCAGGGUUGGGGUUUCCUGGUGCCUCACAAGUAUCGCCGGAACGAUGAUGAGAGCGACGAGAAGCGCAUGAUUCCGCUGGAACAGCUGGCGAAGGCGUGUCCGGUGCUGGAGAUUAAUCCGCAAGCGUCUGCCGGGGAAAGCUCCGAAGUGCUGGGUAGUUUGUGGAAAGAUGUGGAAGCAAACAUCAGCCGGAAGGAUUAUUAUCGGAAGCUGAAACCAAACAGAACCGAUAACGUUUACAAGGGAACUGGGAUUUGGUGUAACUUGGAUCUAGAGGAGUGUUGCUAUUUUCUGAAGCUACCUCAUAAGGAUGGUUCGUCGCAUCGGGUUGGGAAUCCGUUGUCAAAGGAUUUUUUAAACAAGUUUUCUGAAAAUGUCCUGGCCGGCGAUGGAAAAACGGCAGAACGGGUGGUAGAAAUUGCUAGAAUGUUGUCCUACUGGAGAAACAACAGAGACCGAAUUACCUGCCAGCUUGUGGUUUGGUUGGGAAAAGACCAUCUCCCGAAAAGUUUAAGGGAAGACGAGAUGGAAUAUGGUGCGAUAAUUCCACAGGUUGUCGUAUGUGGAACACUAACGCGAAGAGCAAUGGAACCGACCUGGAUGACGGCGAGUAAUGCUCAACGGGAACGAAUCGGUUCGGAACUGCGGGCAAUGGUUCAAGCUCCCAGAGGUUACCGGAUGGUGGGUGCCGAUGUAGACAGUCAGGAACUAUGGAUAGCUUCGGUUCUGGGUGAUUGUCACGUGGGAGGCAUUCACGGAGCAACACCUCUCGGUUGGAUGACACUGAGUGGAACGAAAGCGGCGAAAACGGAUUUGCACAGUAUGACAGCGCAGGCAGUGGGGAUCUCUCGGGACCACGCAAAGGUCAUAAAUUACGCCAGAAUCUACGGAGCCGGUCAGAACUUUGCCGAGCGCUUGCUACAACAAUUCAAUCCCACAUUUUCCCCAGCGGAAGCUCGUUCAAAAGCUAUCAAAAUGUUUGCCCUUACCAAAGGGAAAAAGUUCUACUACCUCAGAAAGGAAUUCCGCGAAGAAUUUCCUCACAAAGGGUACUCUUCGUACGAGGUCCUCAAACUAGCCAGGGUAUGCAACCGAUCGGUGAACGAAAUGUUCGAACAGGCGCGUUGGGAAGGUGGAACGGAAAGUGCCAUGUUCAACCGAUUGGAACAGAUAGCUGGUUCGGAUGUGCCGGUUACUCCGUUUCUUGGUGGGCGCCUCAGUCGGGCUCUCGAGCCACAGGAAGGUACCGAGGAUAGAUUCCUGCCGACUCGGAUCAACUGGGUCGUGCAGAGUGGGGCGGUCGAUUUUCUUCAUCUCAUGCUGGUUUCCAUGCGGUGGUUGAUGGGUGACCGGGUGCGGUUCAGUCUUAGCUUUCACGAUGAGGUUCGCUACCUGGUGGAGGAACGGUACGCGAAUCGGGCUGCGUUGGCGAUGCACGUGACGAAUUUGCUGACGCGGGCGUUUUGUGUUUCUAGAAUCGGUUUCAACGAUCUGCCCCAGUCGGUGGCCUUUUUCUCGACGGUCGAAGUGGAUACCGUACUGCGGAAGGAAUCCCAGCAGGACUGUAAAACUCCGUCCAAUCCGCAUGGAUUGGCCGUUGGCUAUGGCAUCCCCAACGGAGAAUCUAUGAAUAUUUACCAGCUGCUGGAUAAACUCGGACCGGAUGAGUCCGACAUGAGCAGCUGGGAGUGGCACCGAGAACCGUCACCGAGGAAAGUGAAACGUAAUAAUAAGUCGGUUAGAAUAUAAAUAACGAGUUUUGUUAUAAAUAAUGAUGUUUUAUUUUGUUAUA